AUGGCGACACUUCCCCCGGAUCACAUCAGGCUUCAGGCGGACUUGGAGUUUGUGCAUUUGCUAGCAAACCUUGAAUACGUCCAAAGUCUGUUAGAUGCGCAAUACUUUGAAGAUGAGAGUUUUCGCGCCUAUCUACGCUAUCUGCAAUAUGUUAGACGGCCUGAGUACUCGUGUUACGUAAAGUACCCACGGGCACUGUACAUGCUCGAGAAGCUUACAGAGCCGGCGUUUUACAGUGCGUUGCUGGCUCCAGUGGGAGAGUGUCACGGCCUCUCCAGGCUGGCCGUUUAUAUGCAACAAGAUGCAUUGGACAGUCAGUUUUUCGAAGAAGAUCGGGCCGAGAUGGAGGCAAUAACGGCUCAGCUUGCCAUGCGUAGCCCAGAGACGGAGUAG